CACGCUCCCCCGGCCGGGUAGGCGGGGGUGGGGGGAGGAGGAGAAGGCGGGAAGGGGUUGGGUGUCUGCUCCGGUGCUAGACGCUGUGGGGCACGGAAGCGCGAAGGCCUGGCCGCCGGGCAGGCGAACUCUGCACGGGGUCAGGGCCCACGGAGGAUUCGGAACUGAGUUGGCGCGCCUCGGGAGGAGUCGCGCCGCCAAGACCCGGAAGUCCUCAGGGCGUGAAGCCCCGGCCGAGGCCCCGCGGAGAUGUCCAGCUGUGGCGCUUGUACCUGUGGGGCGGCAGCCGUCCGGCUCAUCGCCUCCUCACUCGCCUCUGCCCAGAGAGGUAUUUCUGGUGGUCGCAUUCAUAUGUCAGUUUUAGGAAGGCUUGGGACAUUUGAAACUCAAAUUCUGCGAAGAGCUCCUCUUAGAUCCUUUACAGAAACGCCAGCAUUCUUUGCCUCAAAAGAUGGAAUAAGUAAAGAUGGUUCUGGAGAUGGAAAUAAGAAAUCAGCAAGUGAGGGAAGUAGUAAGAAAUCAGGCUCUGGGAAUUCUGGGAAAGGUGGAAACCAGCUGCGCUGUCCUAAAUGUGGUGACUUGUGCACACAUGUAGAGACCUUUGUGUCAUCCACCCGUUUUGUCAAAUGUGAAAAAUGUCAUCAUUUUUUUGUUGUACUAUCUGAAGCAGACUCAAAGAAAAGUGUAAUUAAAGAACCUGAAUCAGCAGCAGAAGCUGUAAAGUUGGCAUUCCAACAGAAACCACCACCUCCCCCUAAGAAGAUUUAUAACUACCUCGACAAGUAUGUUGUUGGCCAGUCAUUUGCUAAGAAAGUGCUUUCAGUUGCUGUGUACAAUCAUUAUAAGAGAAUAUAUAAUAAUAUCCCAGCUAAUCUGAGACAGCAAGCAGAGGUUGAGAAGCAAGCAGAGGUUGAGAAGCAGACAUCAUUAACACCAAAAGAGUUAGAAAUAAGAAGACGGGAGGAUGAGUACAGAUUUACAAAAUUGCUUCAGAUUGCUGGAAUUAGCCCACAUGGUAAUGCUUUAGGAGCAUCAGUGCAGCAACAGGUGAAUCAACAAAUACCUCAGGAAAGACGAGGAGGUGAAGUAUCGGAUUAUUCUCAUGAUGACAUAAAACUUGAAAAAAGUAAUAUUUUGCUGCUUGGACCAACUGGGUCAGGUAAAACCCUGCUGGCACAAACCCUAGCUAAAUGCCUUGAUGUCCCUUUUGCUAUCUGUGACUAUACAACUUUGACUCAGGCUGGAUAUGUGGGUGAAGUUAUUGAAUCUGUGAUUGGCAAACUACUCCAAGAUGCCAAUUAUAACGUGGAAAAAGCACAACAAGGAAUUGUCUUUCUGGACGAAGUAGAUAAGAUUGGCAGUGUGCCAGGCAUUCAUCAAUUACACGAUGUAGGUGGAGAAGGCGUUCAGCAAGGCUUACUAAAACUACUAGAAGGCACAAUAGUCAAUGUUCCAGAAAAGAAUUCCCGAAAGCUCCGUGGAGAAACAGUACAAGUUGAUACAACAAACAUCCUGUUUGUUGCAUCUGGUGCUUUCAAUGGUUUAGACAGAAUCAUUAGCAGGAGGAAAAAUGAAAAGUAUCUUGGAUUUGGAACAUCAUCUAAUCUGGGGAAAGGCAGAAGGGCUGCAGCUGCUGCAGACCUUGCUAAUCGAAGUGGGGAAUCAAAUACUCACCAAGACAUUGAAGAAAAAGAUCGGUUAUUACGUCAUGUGGAAGCCAGAGAUCUGAUUGAGUUUAGCAUGAUUCCUGAGUUUGUGGGACGGUUGCCUGUGGUGGUUCCAUUGCAUAGCCUAGAUGAGAAAACACUUGUACAAAUACUAACUGAGCCACGAAAUGCUGUUAUUCCUCAGUACCAGGCCUUAUUCAGCAUGGAUAAGUGUGAAUUGAAUGUUACUGAGGACGCUUUGAAAGCUAUAGCCAGAUUGGCACUAGAACGAAAAACAGGUGCACGAGGCCUUCGGUCCAUAAUGGAAAAGCUGUUACUAGAACCAAUGUUUGAAGUCCCUAAUUCUGAUAUCGUGUGUGUGGAGGUUGACAAAGAAGUCGUAGAAGGAAAAAAGGAACCAGGAUACAUCCGGGCACCAACGAAAGAGUCCUCUGAAGAGGAGUAUGACUCUGGAGUUGAAGAAGAAGGAUGGCCCCGCCAAGCAGAUGCUGCAAACAGCUAAACUGUAAUACUGCUGUCCUGUAUAUACAGCUUUUCCUUCUUUUGUUUAGGAUCAUAACUGUCUCUGCAGUCUGAUAUUAAAGGCAUUGGAUCUAUCUUGGAUAUCAUACAUGGUCAGAGAAGCCUUUAGGAAAAGAAUCAGAUCAUGUAUAUUAUUGUAACAUCACAUUGAUUUAACAGAGGACGUUAUAUGGACUUUAAUGACACGGUAUUUAGAGAUAAAAUGUACAUUAUUUUGGUUCAGUUUUUAAAAAAUAUGCUUUAACAAAAUUCUUAGGAAUUCUUUUAGGCAGUGAAGGUAUUGCAAAACUGGAUUUUACAAUAAUGUUACUCUACAAAUGGGAAAAUAAAUUCUUUAAAAUUGAAUAUUGAGA